AGAGCCAUAGAUGUCAUGGGGGACCAGAAGCUGCCAGAGAACCAGUUUCCUCGAUUACCCAAGUAUAAGCGUGUCUUGAAGCACAAAACAGAACAACAGAUAGUCGCUCCUUUAAUGGAGGACCUUCAGCAGCAGUUUCCUCAGGAAGAACUGGAUGACUUUACUACAGAUUAUGAGCCACAUGAAGAGAUUCUUUCACAAACCAACCAGGGUAUAGUUCUCCCCAGAAUUUCUCAUAAAGUAGGCAGUAUUGCCACCAAGUCGAUACAGCUACCGAGUCAGUUAAAGCUACCCAAGGAUUUGGGAAUGUUUCCCUCAAUUUCAACGGGUCAGCAAGGAAUCAGAACACAAUACAAGCUGGAUCACUUGUCUCAGAUGGAAGAUGAUGCUGAAGAUUAUGUCAUAAAUUUGAAGGAGCAGACAAAAUGUGAUCAAAAUCUGAAUAAGUGGCCUCCCUUCGAAAAUCAAAUGAAAGCAAAAAUGAAUAGCAAGCAUGGGAAGGACUUUCACAGGAAACUCAACCUUCGACCCCCUGAAAAUUCCAAAUUGGGUCAAAAAGAUUUUUUUCGUACAUACACACACAGAAGUAAGAAGUUGCUGGACUCUCUUAAUAGUAGAUGCACACAAAGGGGAGGUGAUAAUAUAGAUGAAUGGGAUGAAGAACUGGGAAACUUGGAUGUGUUGCAACAAUGUGACAUGGACUAUGUUAACCAACCAACUUGUGAUGAAUUCUCAGAGAAGAUAAACAGUUAUCUUCCUUCUAAGCUCAAGUACUUCAGAGGAUUAAGCAAAGGAAAUGGAACCAAAUUCUCCAAACAGAAAUCAAAAUUUGAGAUGAAAGUCCAAAAGCCACAUGAUCUUUCUAUGUCUACCAAGAAGAAGUAUAAAUAUGGACCACCAUACCAUAAACUGAAGCCAUUGAAAACACAGGCAGUAAAAGAGCCUUUACAUGACCCCAAGAGCUUGAAUGAAAUUGAAGGUAAAAGCGUUUGUAAACCAGAUACACUUGAAAAUCUUUAUGGAGCAAUUGCCUUUAAGGAUUUCAUUGUAGACAAGGGCUACCAUAUGCCAGGAAUACUCAAGAAGUAUUUUAGGAAAAAGGGAUGGAACUACAACUCUGUUAAUACUCCUAUACCAAGUGUAUUAAAAUAUCAUGAAAUGAUGCUGCAAAAGAUGGAUGAUGAAGAUGAUGAAACUAGUGAAAUGGAACUUGACUAAUAGAUUUUGUUAUCACCACAUGCUUUACUGUGCCCUCCUCUUAUAUUGCACUUGCGUUGUGUGGACACCCUUUGGCA